AUGCCGGGCGCGCUGCGAGAGGAGACGGCGCAGCUGCUGGCCGACUACUUCCAGCACCGGCUCGGGGGCGCGGCGCUGCCUCCCGGGCGCACGGCGGAGACGCUGCGGCGGGUGGCCGACGAGCUGGAGAGCCGCGAGCGCGCCUUCUUCCGCGACGCCUGCAGCCCGGCGGCCUUGAUGGAGCUGGGCGAGCCGGCCGCCCUGCUGGGCCGGGUGGCGGCGCAGAUGGAGGCGGAAGGCGGCCUCAACUGGGGCCGGGUGGUGGCGCUGGUCGUGUUCGCCGGGAACCUGGCGGCGGCGCUGGCCGAGCGGGGGGACCGCGGCGAGACGGGCGCUGUGGCCGAGGCGCUGGCCGCCUACUUGGCCGGGGAGAAGCGCGAGUGGAUGGAGGCGCACGGCGGAUGGGAUGGCUUCUAUCACUUCUUCAAUAAGCACGGCUCUGAUGCAGCUGACCAGAACAGCACCAUAAGCAACGCUAUCAUGGCGGCAGCAGGAUUCGGCCUGGCGGGAUUGGCGUUUCUCUUGGCUGUGCGAUAAGACUCCCGUUGGUGGGCUUGACGCUACGCAGGGUGGGUGGGCGCUCUCGACUAGAACUGCCAACGUACCAGCGAAGAGUCCAUUCUAUAUUUCUAUGAUGGUCGGAAGACAGAAGCAAAUAUAUAUAUAUAUAUAUUUUUAACUCGAGCUGGAGCAGGACACUUAAAGCACACCCAAUUCCGGCAGCACCCAUGGAAACAAAAAUGCCACUUAAUAACGUGCUGAGACUGGACAUCUUCUGGAUCUUGGUGUGAGAGCUGCAAAGUGUCGCAGACGGUUCGUCCCCGAGAACUGCUGAGUGCUGGAUGUUACGCUAAAUGUUAAUGGUGGGCUUGCAAUGGAACCCAAAUGAAGACAAGUUUGGAUUCCUUCUUAGUGUGUGUGCGUGUAUGGUGGUAGGGGG